UCCUCUUAUUUUUAACAAAUUUUGGAGAAUUUACUAUUUAAAAGUGAAACGAAUCACCUAAAAAAAGCAUACCAUUACGACGUAGAAGUGUUUGAGAAGUUUGACAACAUCAUACGACAAAAGCAUCAUGUACAACUUCAAAGGUACUUAAGCCUCUGUAUUGCUUCAUGUAUUGAAAUCGUAUACGAUAAUACAUAUAACGAACAGUUCGGACAGAGUGAUUCAAGUGAACGUAAGAAACAACAGCAAAUAUACAAUAUUACUCGAGGAAACUAUGCCGAGGGCACCGACUUUUCUAACCCCUUACCUGGCACCUGCUCACGAUGCACCGGAGAAGCCCGAGGCGUGACAGCAGAUUCAACCUGGCAACGUGCACUUGCUUGUAGCUGUCCGGUACAUUGCCAAGUGGCUGUAUUUUUUCUGACAGCUGACAUCGUGUACUCGUGCUUUAUGUAAACAAAGCGAUCAGGCUACGACUUGGAAACCGGCUGCUGAUUACAUCCACGGCGUCAAGUGAAGCGAUGCGUGCAAACAAUAACAUUCCCGUCAACUUGUUAUUAAAUCGUUGCUCCGAAGCAUAAGGUGACACGAAACAAGGGAUUUGUUGUGGAUUUCUAACCAGUCGAGUUUCGAUCGAGGGAAGUGUCGAAGACAAAUGAGCAUGGAGCAGGAAUUUUAAGUGAUUUUUAUGAAGAUACACUCUCGGCUGACAAACGGAACGUGGUACGACGAAAGGAUGAAGAAGGACCAUUCAACGCUGCCGAUGGAAUUAAUAUAGGAUGCAGGGACGACAGGAUUGCAGUUGCACCGGUUAAAAUGAAUCGUAGGGAGGACCCGCUGUUGCGGCAGCAUCGCAGCCGUUUGCUGCAAUUAGCCGAGGCGACAAACAUCAAGCCUGGCCGUGGCAGCGGGAAAAGACGAGGCCAGAGGCAGUCGCACGGUUUUGGACCCAGUAAUGGGGGACCGAGCGGCGGCGGUCGUGUGACCCUCCAGGAUAUCGUGAGAAGCGAUCCUGGAUACACGCCAAAUAUCGAGCAUUUAGUUUUUCCGGAGCGCAAGAGCAGCAAUCCGAAUUUGGCUAAAACCAGCGACGAAUCGCCGUCGAAUAAAUCGAAAUCGAACCCUACCAGCUCGGGAAGAUCCAGACUCGCCGAGGUGUUUUCCAGGCAUUACUCGAGAGGAUCCUCGCAGGACUCGUCGGUCACGUCCAGGAAGAAUCAUUUAAACAGCACAUCGUUGGAUAGCGGAGCGACGGUGUCCCAUCAGGCAACAGGGUCGAGCACCGGUGCCACGGUGGUGACGAGAAGCGGAGGUCGUCGAUGGUUGUCGCAGAGCUCGCAAUCCACCAGGCAACAUUCGGCCGAGGACGGGGUACGUGGGGGCAACGUGGGCGUCAUAGGGCCCGUUUCGACCUCGUCCUCGAGUCAGGCCCCUGCUCCCGCCCUACCACCUCGAAGAGUCAGUCCAGCCGACUCCACCGACAUCUCGAAUACGGCCACUGGCUCCCGCGGCGACAGAGGUCCGAACGUGUCGAUCCUCCACUUGCGCGGCACUGCGGACCCUUGGGAAGUUGGUUCUCAAGGUUCCACGUACAGCAUCGGCAGCAAUAAAAGCCAAACUGGUGGCAAAGGGAAAUCGAGCGGAAAUACACGAGGCUCGUACACGCGUGGUACUUCGAUACCAUCCCUGAAACGUCACGAUACGACGGCAUCCGCGUCGUCUACUUCUAGUUUGAAACAGCAUCGACAAGAUAGCCACGGACAGGUGACUAGUUCUCGUCGCCGGGAAUCCUCGAACUCGUUCCUCUCGAGUAACAGCGGAACAUCCGGCGAGCUGUUCAUUAGCGGCGACUGUAGCAGGGAAUUAUCGCCGGUCAGAUGGUGCGACAGAGAAGUGGACGGGGUUUAUUUGGGUCGGUCCGGUUGGGUUCAAGUGCAGCAAAGGUCUCUCGACGAGAAUCGUAGGAUAAACUACGAGAGUAGCCUGGUCACAGCGACCACGGGCACUCUGCCGUUACCGCGACGUGCCACGGUUAAAUUGGCCGAUUACCAUUGCAACAGCGAGCCAGGAAAAUGUCCCGAGGAAUUUCUACGAUUGGACAGCCAGAGGCCGGACUACCUGGCCCUCCACGGCCAGGAUUUCGAUUCCGUAGCGAGUAGCACCUGUACCUCUCCUCACAGUAUCCCGGAAUCUUACUCACCCCCGUCGAUCACGCCGAUCAUCUCGCCCCCGCCAGCUUUCCAAGAUGUAAUCGGCAAGAAAUCAUCCUCGAAACACUCGUCUGGACGCAACAAUUACGGGAAAGCACCGUUUUUGCCGCGAUCGAACGCCAUCGUGGACAGUGACAUCAUUAGCCCUCCUCCUUCGCCACCGCGUCAGGUGAAUUGGAGUUCCUUACCGUCUUCCUCUCGAAAAUCGGCUGGCACUCCGUCCAGACCACGGAGACAAAAUACUACUAGUCAACAACAACAGCAACAACAGCAACAGCAACAGUAUCGAAUGGCUCAAGCCAAAUCGUUGGAGGAUCAGUCUUCCACGAGAAGAUCGCAAUUCGUUCAACGUUAUCUAGAAUCGUCGAGUUCCUCCUCGUCUUCCGUUGGUUUUCGAAGUCUGGAUAGUUGCGUGACAAGAUCGACGAUGCCGAGGUUAGCCGAGAACACUGAUUCCUCGGUGGAGGGUUACGACGACGGGGACGACGAGGAUGAUAAUCCUAGCUCCUCGUUGAAUCUCAGCCUGGUCUCUUCGUCGAUCAUCGCAUUGAAUUCGUCCAACGAAUCGAUACGAGCUAACGGCGAGAGAAUUUCACCGAACAGGCAAGGUCGGCAUCACAGAAGUCAACAGGGAUUGAGAAGAUCGCCGGGCUCCUCGGAAUCCGGCAAGUUAUCCUUCAAUUCGCCCUCCUCUUCCUCCUCGUCAUCGAGCAGCGCCGAGCGACAAGGAAGAUCGCCGACCCCGAAUCCUUUCAGGCGUGCUAACGCUACGAGGCAACAUCAGAGCGCAAGAACGGCCCAAGUGUCCCCGGAAUCUCAUCAGUCGAGGGUAAGAAGAUCUAGAAGUCUUCAGUUACCGGAGAAGAGGUCUCCCGGUGCAGCGGCUCCGAGCAGGGAACACUCGAGGGAAUCUAACGAGCCGCAUAGAGUCGUUGUUAAAAUUUCCACCGACCGGGGCAACGAGAGGAAACGUCAUAUCCUUCAGAAUAGGAAAGCACAGUCAACCGAGGACGCGUUAAACGAGGAGCUUCUUCGCGAAACGGAAGCAGUGACAGAGUACCUUUACGGGACAAGAAGUCGUGCAAUAACCAGAAACCUUAUGCCGAGCCGUUUCGAGCGUCGGGAGGAUAGCCAAGAGCAAAGGCAAAGAAACAACCUCACCACUUAUGACGUCUAUUUUAUCUCGUCGAAGCAGCAACAACCGCAGUCUUCUAAAUCGUCCGGUUCGUCGAUGCAGCAAUCGCAACAGCAACAACAGGCUCAACAACAGCAACAACAACAGCAGCAGCAGCAAUCCAGAAGGCCAAAGACCCUUCAAAGGGGAGCAACGACCCCGAACGCGAACCCUUCGUCGUCGAAUCAUGACUUUUGCAUCAGUCCGGAAGCGAAAUUACGUUGCAACAGCAGCACUUGCGAUUUCUGGCCUCACUGCUCGCAGAGAGAGACUCUCUACUCCCCGAGCCAAGCUCCGGUAUUCAUGAAGCUGUCCCAGAGCUAUCCAGCUCAUCAGAGGCUCCCUACGGACACUGGUAGCAGCCACGUGAACCGAGGAAGCGCUAGUUCAUCACCGGCAUCGUUAGAGCGAAUGGACGAUCGAGAGUUCCGGGAACGCGAGAAUUCUCGAAAAAAUCGUGUUAAUCGCGAGCAAAACAACCCCAGCACGUCCAAGUAUCAAGAUAGACAGCCGAAGAGCGUGUUGAAGCAACCGAAUCGUUGGUCACCCCUCGAGGGAUCGAACGGGAACGGUUCGAACGUGGAGAAAAGGGAACACCAUCGAUUUUAUCAGAAACCGGAAUACGCUGGCAGUUUCGAAGCUUGCGAGAACAAAGAUAGAAAAGUAUCACCUGUCCAGGGGAAGAAUAUCGUUAACAGAUCACCCAGCGGUCACGUCGCCUCUUCGUCGACCUCCUCGUCUUCCAGCAGCGACAUAUGGGUCACCACGUCCGACAGAACGGUCACGAAAAGUCCGAGAAACGCGAAAAGUUCGGGUGCGUCUACCCCCAUGGAAGAUGCGGUGAUUGGUUCCCUUAAGACGUUGAUCGAACCGCCGAAAGAUGGAAUGCUGUCCAGGCCUGGAAGUGCUCCAACCAGAGGGGAGGAUUCUCUGUCCGCGGAUGCGUCUUUGGAUCCUCAUCAACGAUCGCUCUCUCUGCCCAAGUCCUUUCUCACCCACAACACCGACAGCAAUAACAAAGGAUCCUGGCAACGUGGUCAGAGUUCGCAAAGAUCGAGCCCCAGUCCCAGUCGACUUCACCACACGCAGGAAGCAGCCACACCUCACACGGCUCCCGUUUCCCCUCUCCACGAUCAACGCUCGAACGCGUACUCCGGCAAGGAGAGAAGACGAAUUCCUGGGCUGAGCAAGGCGCAGAGGCGUAUCAAAGCGUCCAGCACGCCGGCACUCUUGGAUCGCGAUGUGGAAAGUCGACAGUGGUCGGGCGACGAAGAGGACGAGGGGACAACAGGCCACGUAACAACCGAGCAUCCUCUGACCGAGGCGACAAUUCCCUUGGUCUCUCACUCGCGUCUCCAAGAGCAACCCUCCAACCUGAGUGGCAAUAUUGUGACCGUUUCCGGCACCCAGAAUCCUGCCCGUUCGAGCACCCAGAGCCAGCAAGAGAGCGUUCUGCAGAAAUUUCGAAAGAGCUUCUCGCUUAGGUUCCACAAAAAGGGCAGCAAAGAGAGCAACGAAAGCGAGUGUCCGGUGGAAGAUAACGAUGGAUCCGGUCCUCUAGACGAGGAAGAGGAAAGGGAACCGUCAAAUGUGACGGAACAAACGUCCCAACAUAAAGAAGACACCAACAGUGACCAGAAAUUUCGAUUUGGUCCUCUCGUGUGGAGAAGCAGCAAGGAAAGGAAAAAGGGUAGCAAAGCUGCCAGAAAUGCAAAGUGCAACAGCGGUGAUAGUGGAAUACAGAUAGAGAUGGUAUCUGGUGGAGCAUUGACUGGGGGCGGUGGUGGUGGAAUGAUAGGGGGUGGUGAUAGCUCCGAGUCCCACGACACGGAUGCCCAAGACGAGACAGACAGCCCUCCGGCCCUUCGUAGACGAGUCGCGGACAAAUCACGACCCCAGUCCGAGCUCGUCAACCAGAUACUGAUCGACAAAUUUAAGGCGGAUCUUCAGAGCCGAACGUCGAGGCACCAACAUGUACGGAGAACUAACAGCGAUUUAGGAGGUCAGAGGUUACUACAGUGGGAUACGAGGUCUGGUUACAGCCACGUGCACAAUUACCGAAGGAUGCUCUCGACACCGUCGCCCAUCAAGACGAGGCCUCCUAGGCUUAGUCCAAGGCACUCCUCCCAUGACAUCGUUACGCUGAGAAGUAACGCGAAAGGGAGGAGUUCUCGGACAAAUUUGAGGCGUUCACUUAGCCAGCCACUGGGUAUCAAUCAGCUAUCACCCUUGAUGCGCACCAAAACUGCAGGCGCGAGGUUGCCCGGUGGAAACGUCCUGUCGGAAGACGAACAGGACGGAAGAGGUGGAACGUCCGACGAUGAAAUGAUGUCCGAUUCCGAGUCUUCCAUCGCCUCCUUGACGGACAGGAAGAAAUCCUUCGAGCAGACGAUGGACGAGGAAGUGGUGAUACUGGCUGAAGCUGUUUGGGACCACGUGGCAAUGGAACCGGAAGAGCUUGCUUUUCGUGCCGGCGAUGUGAUCGAGGUUCUUGACAACCUGGAUAAAGAUUGGUGGUGGGGUAGCUGUAGGGGUGAACACGGUUGGUUCCCAGCUGCAUUUGUUAGGUUACGCGUAAGUCAAGAGGACACAGUCGAGGAUUGUUUGGCGGCGAUGGCAUCCGGGGGUACGCCUAAUUCUCAAUUGAGAAGACGCACCAGUGUUUCGCUGUUGUCGAACGAACAAGUUCGAACGAGCGUGGUUCGCGAGCUGGUUCAAACUGAACGCGAUUUCGUUAAGAUAUUGAGAGACGUCGCUGAGGGCUACAUAGCUGAAUGUCGACGUCGUACCGAUAUGUUCACCGAAGAUCAGAUAGAAACGAUUUUCAUCAAUCUCGAAGAACUGUUGGACUUUCAGUCCGAAUUCUUGAAGGAUCUCGAGUCUCGGAUCGACUGGAACUCGCCGUACAAGAGUUGCGUCGGUGAAUGUUUCCUGAAUCAUAGGGCUGGAUUUCGUAUGUACUCGGAAUAUUGCAACAGUCACCCGAUGGCCACCGCCACGUUGCAAGAAUUGUACCAGCAUAAUCGUUAUAGCAAAUUCUUUGAAGCGUGCAGAUUAAUGAGAGGUUUGAUAGAGAUUCCUUUGGACGGGUACUUGUUAACGCCCGUACAACGGAUAUGCAAGUAUCCGCUCCAAUUGGCGGAGCUACUGAAAUACACGAAAGCUGAUCAUCCAGAUUACCAUAAGAUUCAGGAAGCGCUCGAAGCGAUGCGAGGUGUUGCGGUCUUAAUUAACGAACGUAAGAGACGAAUGGAGAGCCUCGAGAAGCUGGCUGCUUGGCAAUUAAGAGUCGAAGGAUGGGAGGGUGAAGAUCUCAUUGAAGUUUCGUCCCAGUUAAUUUAUCAAGGUGACGCGAUUAGAGUUACCACCGGCAUGUGGACAAACAAUAUCACCCUUUUCCUCUUCGACCAUCAACUGGUUUAUUGUAAAAAGGAUAUUCUGAAGCGGAACACUUACGUGUAUAAAGGUCGCAUUUAUCUCGACACGAGCGAAGUGAUCGAUGUUCCCGAUGGAAAAGAUCAUCAACUAGGAGUGACGGUGAGGCAUUGUUUAAAAGUAUACAGUUGUGUUCGAGAUAAAUGGUUGCUCUUCUGCUGCCGCACUGCAGAAGAGAAGCGUCGAUGGUUAGAAGCCAUGGCGGAGGAACGAAGACUGGUUGUUCAAGACAGAAACGAUGGAUUAGAGUUUCCAGCUGCAGCUAAACAAUUGGCCAGGCUUGCAGCGACGAGACUUCAGAACAGGCCGCCAAUCAAACCUCGCAACAAAACGUACAAAAGAGAAUCGGCUUACGAAAUACCUACGAUGAUCGGGCAAGGUACAACGAACUCGUUGGGACGUAAAGUUGGCACUUGGUUCACAUUUGGUAGCAGCAAAAAAAGUACUCGACUUCAGCCGUCCUGAGACAGGCCUACCUUCGUACCAUACAUUGAUUUGUGAAAGUUUGACGAGAAGCGCUUAAUCGUUGCCUCAGAAUCGUGACUCGAACGUAUACUACUAAACGUUUAAGACAUUAGAAAAGUUUUCUUCGAAACGAUUCGUACUCUGAUCAUCUUGAUCCUCUGACGUAAAAAUCAGGUACGUUUUCAAUUAUAAGAAAGCAAACGAUCUUAAGCGCUCGUCAGAUGUAUGGAACGAAGGUAUUUAAUUUAUCUAAUCGUUAAGUUAUGGUUAAAAAAAAAUUGUUAUCGACUUGACAUCAUCGAUACGUCCUGUUUAAAGAAUGUAGCGGGAUAGCUACGAUUUUCAUUAGUCCAAUUCUAGUACUGGUUUAGUUUAUAUAAAAAAAAAAGAAGCACACAGUUCGAUAUAACGUGUAAUCGCAUCAUUGACGAUAUUUAUUUCACUGCCUCAAAGAAAGAUUCUUCUUCAUCAAAACGCUUUGUCGUCGCAUCGCAACCACACAACGACAAGCUAUUGUCACUUAGCUUUCUCUAGUAAAUGAUGAACGUUGUUUGUUACACGUAACAGUAUAAACCGCAGGUAAUACUAUUAAUUAAAAGGUAAUUAUAACAAUGUACGUAAAGCGAAGUAUACACGCAAGCAACGUUUAUACAAAUAUAUUAGCCGAGAAAAAAGAAAAGAAAUAGGGGAAGAACAUUUGACGAAAGGUUGAAAAGGGAUUCAGAGGUGGAACGAUGAAAGACCAGUAUCGCGUUAGAAAAAUAUAAUUGAGAAAAAUAAUUGCAUAUGCUAGAGAAACGAACGCACUUAUUACUAGACAAGCAUAAAUAUAUGUGUAACGUUUAAUAGCGAGCUUUUGAGGUACUAAAGAGAAAGUACUAGUCACUUUUAUCACAAGAAGUCGCGUAAAGAAACAGUGAUAAAAGUUUAGCGUUAUUAAAAUACGAUCGCUUUAGUGUUGUGAGGAAUGAAUGGAUCAGCGAUGGCCAUACAUUUUUUUUCUUUUCUUUUUAUGGUAAUAAAGACUGACCGAGGUAUGCUUAUUUCCCGAAUGAAUCUAUAGAUGAGUCGGUACGAGGGUAGCUCUGAGAGAAAAGAAUAAUCGAAAUUUAUCUGAAUAUCGUUGUAAACAAUUUAACUACUAGCUAUAGACUGAAAAGUCUUUUAACUAUAUGUCUGGUUCGAUAAUCUUUUAAAUAGCCUUUUAGAACGCACAUUAAAGCAACAAAAUGUUGAUAGUAAACAUCACCUCUGAGAGAUUUCUCUCAUAAUAAAGCGAACGUGUUCCUUAGAAUUUCAAAAAAAAAAAAAAAAA